GCUACUGCAUGCUUUCUUCACGCAGCACGGGUCAUGCUGCCCCUCUGCAAACUGUGGGCAGAUAUACAUAGCAUCAGACGAGGGGGAAGCAGACCAGGACAGCUAUUAGCUGCUACAACCUUGGUGCUACAACCGGUAGCACUAAGAGCUUUAAAAUAUUAUUUUGUUCAAGUUUGCACAAAGUAACAUCCUCCUUACUAAGAGGUGAGAGGCACUGUGAACAGAAUGGAGAUUGCUACGGUCAGUUUGUCACUUAGUGAGACCUGUCUGUCCAUGGAUUAUUCUCCAGACUGGACUCCGUACUCAGAGACAUCCCUGAUUACUGGAUAACCAUCUCUGUUUAACUGGAAACAUGAACCCUGAGUCUCUGGAUUGGUCCAUCCAAAACAUCCUCUCAGUCCUCUACCCUCCCUUCGAGGCCACAGCCUCAACUGUCCUGAGCCAGGUUUUCCAGGUCAUAGAGGAACGAUACCAGGGAGACCCUCUCCAGUGUCUGCUGGACUUCCUCAUCCCAGCCAAACACGUUCUUCAGAGUGUUCAACAGGCUGCCUGUGCCCAGUACUCUGAUGUGGUGUACCGCUUCGAGGGCUGGCCUCUGUGUCUGCAUGAGAAGGUGGUGUUCCAGCUGGCUCCCGUCAAUAUCCUCUUGCUGCGCCCAGGGGACUUCUACUUACAAGUGGAGCCCUUCUCUGAACAGGCUGUCCGAAUCGUAGUCAGGAGCCUGCUGGAGGAGGACGAGGGACCGGAUCGGAAGGUGGAGGAGACACCCAUUCCAGAGACCUCCUACCCCUGCAUCUUCACUGAGGCCUGGCUGGCGGAGCUCAACCACGGCCGCAAUGGCACCCCGCUCAGCCAAUGUAUCCUUUCUACAGACCGGGGAAUGGUAAAGAUGCCAUGGGCACAGGUGGCUUUUCCUGAGUUUGUGGAUAAACCCAGAACCAUGGCCUCCUCACCGGCUGCCCCUGCUUCUGUUCCACAGGAGGUAAUGACAUCUACCCUGCCUCCCUCGGCCCCUGGGUACACUGUGGAGACUAGGAUUGCUCCUGCUAAAAAUGGCAUUGCGGUUUCACUGCGUUUAGUGGACCGCAAAUGCUCCAGGCUGGUUAAGCUGGAUCAGCAUGGGCCUGUGGCUAAGCCCAUAGGCUGGGUGUCUCCUACCACAUGGGACAGUCGCAGCAAAAACACCUCUGAAGUUGAGGGGGAGUACGUAGACUUGGUGGAGUUCACUAAGGAAAAAGAAGCAUUGCUCAACAGUGGGUCUCACAGUCACCCACACCCCAGAGAACACAUGUUAAAGCCUGGUCCCCUCAAUAGGGAUGGUGUUCCUUCAGCUCCAGCCCUGCCCCCGGCCGUGGAUUCCGCCCCGGCCCCACACCCGCCCCUCAGGGAUCCCUCACACUGUGGCCGGACUGUUCGGUUUUCAGAGGAGCUCCCCUGCACCCCCUGCACGAGGAAAAGAAUGGGUCAGGUUUCCAGCACACAGGAGCUCAGGUGCCGUUACCGGCAGUCUUACCAUUCAGCGCUGAAGAAUCCGGUUACCUUUGAGAAAGACAAUCCACUCAGUACAUUGGCGGUUCUGGAUGAGGGACAACCACAGGGGGAAGAAAUAUGUCCUGGUCUCUCUCAGUGUUGUUGCCAUCCAGAACCAGACCAGGCUGACCAGAAUCCCCCUGCUAGCGAUGCUUCCUGUAGGGAGUCGGGCGAGUGGAACACUAGAUCCAGUGAGGUUUUACGAGAACUGAGUGACACCCCAGAAAACAGCGAGAGGUGUCCCUCAUCUCUGUCAACCACUGUUGUGGACACAUCGGAGAAGUGUGAAGUCGUGAUUCAAGGAAGGAAAAUUAGGAGGGAUGCUGACUCAUCUACUGAUAUUCCCAGUUUACAUGUGGUUAAAUUAAAAAACGCCACAGCCUUCGGACUGGUUUCCCCAAAGAUGAGCAGACGGAGACUGCCUGACCAAGAUGUCUCCCAGGAUGGCCAACCCUCCAUUAGAAAUGUCCACCAGAACUCUCCACUUGCCACUCCCCCUGACACACCUCAGCAGUCUGUGGAAUCGUAUGCUGUGCCCAGGUCUAAGGUCCAGUCACCAUCCUCAGCAGAACCCAGCACUCAUCCCCUCUCACGUGGAAUAGCAUGUCUUACUGGUGGUAGAGACAGAACAGGCCGGAUGCUGGUUGAAGUGUAUGGACACCAGGAAGGAUGGAGAUCUCCUUUAGUGUCCAGUCUGGAGCUUUGCCAAUUGCUGCUCUACUUCUACUCUGUAGUCAGGAAAGAAUUAAGAGAACUUGGAAUAACACUACUUAUAGAUGCUAGGAAGACUUCCCCUCCACCACAGUUCAAUAAGGCCCUGUUGAUGGUUGAGGAGCAAGUUCCCAAUGCUGUACACACUGUCCUUAUCAUGGUGGAGAAGGAGAGCUGGCAGUACCCCAAGAAGAGUGUUUUGGUGAACUCACUGAAGGCACUGAACAAGCUGGUGGAGGGGAGCCAGCUGACCUCAGGUUUAGGGGGCAGCCUGACAUUCAACCACACUGACUGGCUGCAGCUCCACAAGAAACUUCAUCCCUUUGUGUCAGAUCUCCAGGAGGCUUCAGGUUUGUUACUGGGGGCCAUUAGGAAACUACAGGAAGGCCCUAAGACUGACACGGUGCAGGAUGUGAAGGCGUGUAUUUUUAAACAGAGAACUCUGAUGAAGGAUGUUCUAGAGGACUGCCGAUUGGUCGCUUUGCAAAGGGACGGCGGAGCCAUACUGGCCAGACUGAGAAGGGAGACUGACUUUAGAUACGCUCACUGUGAACAUUACAGUGAUGCUGUGGAUUCUGUGACCUGUUUGUACAACCAUGUAGAGGAGCAGGCCCAUGUACUGGUGAAAAAAUCUAACAUGUACUUGGAACACCUUGAAUACCUGCUCCAACAAAGAGAAAUGGAGGACCACUUCACUAAGAUCACGGAAUGGUUCAAUGCAGAGGGGGAACGGCAGUUGCUGGAAGCAGAAUCAGUGGGGGAUUCCAGAGAAAAAGUAGAGCAGACUCUCCAUAGCUUCAGUGCAUUCCUCGCUAAAGUCAAUGAGCAGAAGCAGCAGGCCACAGUUCUGCUCACAGAGGCAGAGAAGAUCCAGGGCUCAUCAACAUACACUGAAACUGAGCUGUUCAGUACCAUGGUGUGUACCUUCAAGUCUUGUCUGGCUGACUUCCUCUCCCGGGCAGAGAGGUGCUGCAAUGAGCUGAAGGCUAUGGUCACUGUAUGCAACUUCUGUGAACAGGCUACUGAGCUGGCCAAAGACUGCAAACAAUACCUGGACCAGAAGCCGUUUGGAAGACAUCCAGACAUGAAUGAGGUCUUUACCCUCCAAAUGUACCAGGAGAGCUUUGGUCAGUUCUCCCCAGAGCGCUUCCAGCAAGUGAAGGCUCAUGCAUCUGUUUUAAGGGGGUCCAGAGGCAUGCGAGUGUGGAACGUAGCCUGGCUCAAGUGUCAAGAAGUCAGGCAGCAACUGGAAGAAAGCCUGCAUGAUGUAGAGAGGGCCUUGAGGAACACAGACCCCUGGCAUGAAGAGUACAGAACUAGUGAGGACAAAGCUUUGAUUCAUACAGUGACUCAUCAUUACAGACCCUUGUCAUUUCCCAGACCUGAGCCCCCGGAAUGGAGCAGCCUCCCAUCAGACUCUAUGGAUGGAGAUUACCAUGUUGCCUUGGAGAACUCUGUGACCUUCUCUAAUAUUAACUUCAAGCCUGAGAAUAUAAAACCUGGUAAAGGGUCAAAGGUCACGAAUGUGCCAGCCUCUCCCCAUAACAGAUCAAAUAGUAGACCGGUGAGGGAAACUAGAAGGAGAGGUGCCAACCAAGGGAAGAGCAGAGGAGCCGCCACCGUUGCCGACUCACACCCUAUGGGUUGUGAAUGGUUCUUGUGGCAUCGUAGGGGUCUGAGUCGAUCCAUGAGUGAGGAGUCUUGCGCGACAGCCACGUCCAGUCAGUCUGAGGCGUGCAUCCAGACACCAUCCUGUUCCCAUGGAAAACCCUCUUGUAGGAUGCUACAGGCCGCUCGGAAAUUCCAGAUCUCUCGCCAUGGCAGUUUCUGUUCAGAGGAGUCUUCUUGUGGUCAUGAAGUGAUGGAGACUGCCUCUUCAAGGAAUAUUGGCUCAUCUGCAAGGACGUGUGAGGGAACAACAUUGUUGGCAAAUCCAGAAGAGAACACCAGUAGUGUUUUGAAGCUACAGCGGAUCAUGGAGGAGCUGCUGUUAACAGAGAGGGAGUAUGUGCGUUCCCUGGGCUAUAUUCUGACUCACUACCUUCCUUUGUUGGAGACGCCUGACGUGCCCCAAGACCUGCGGGGCAAACGUGGAGUCAUCUUUGGUAACCUGGAGAAGCUCUACGACUUCCAUUGCCAUUUCUUCCUCAGAGAGUUGGAGGACUGUCAGGCUGAGCCAUUACGAGUGGCUUGUUGCUUCUUGAGACACAGAGACAGUUUAGGCCUUUAUGCUCUCUACAGCAAGAACAAGCCUCAGUCAGAUGCUUUAAUCCUUCACCAUCGCCAUGACAUAUUCAAGAGGAAGCAGCAGGAGCUGGGAGACCACAUGGACUUGUCCUCCUACCUGCUUAGGCCCAUCCAGAGGAUCAGUAAGUACAGCCUGCUGUUGCAGGACAUGCUGGGCGUGUGUGGGCCCUGGACAAACGGGGACAAGUCAGAGCUCCAAUCUGCGGCCGACUUGGUCCGCUUCCAGAUGCGCCAUGGCAACGAUCUUCUCACCAUGGACGCCAUCCAGGACUGUGACGUGAAUCUUAAGGAGCAAGGCCAGCUGAUUCGUCAGGAUGAGUUCAUUGUGGUCUUCAGAAAGAAGAAGUGUUUUCGUCGUGUCUUUCUCUUCCAAGACCUCAUCCUCUUUAGCAAGACCAAGAAGACAGACGUGGGCAAUGACGUGUACAUUUACAAACAGUCUUUCAAGACGUCUGAUAUUGGGAUGACCCAUAACUCCGGAGAGAGUGGUCUGUGUUUUGAGAUCUGGUUCCGCAGGAGGAAGACCCAGGACACCUACACACUUAAGGCUGACAGAGAGGAGACUAAAAAGGCCUGGACCACAGACCUGGAGCAGAUCCUCUGGGAACAAGCCGCCCACAGCAGAGAACUGCGCAUACAGGAGAGAAUGUUCAUGGGCAUAGGGAGUAAACCCCUCAUGAAUAUACAGAAGAGCGAGGCAGCUGUCUGUGACAGGGCUGUCAACUGUGUCCUGCUUGGAGCUCCUGUGCUGUGUUGUCCGCAAACAGACCUUGAAUAUCUCCGACCCAACUCUAUUGGUUCAGGAAGUAGUGCAUCCACCUCUUGCAGCCACUCCUCGUCUUCUUCUGGACGAGGUUCUUUACCUCCAGUUGGUUCCCCUGGUAACAAGACACAAAGUGGGGAGAACAAUCCCAGUGUCUAUUCUUCACCGGAGACCGUGUCAGUGACUGAAGAUGAUCUAAAAGAUUAUCAUAGUCACCAGAAGCAAAACCUUCUUCUCAUGGACAGCACAGAGUCAUCAGGUGAGAGUGCUAGCAUGUUCAGCACCUCAGAGCACAACUGCCUGUCUGCAAUUGGUGGAGAGUUGGACGAUUUGUCAUCUGUUACGAGUUCUCAGCACCAUGUCCAAGAAACAACCACAGCACCCAAUCUCAGGAAGACCAGCUCACCUGCUACCAUGAGGAAGAAGCUCUCCAUUGCUCCUAAACCACCAACUCUUGCUGUUCCUCACAGCCUGAAAAAGGUCAAAGAACAACCAAUAUAUUCUUCAGUGGACAAAGAAAAGGUUUCUCUUAGAAAAUCAACAGAAGUUUAACCUGAGGAUAUGAACAGUUAAUCCAGUAUGGUGAAGCCUACCAAGAACGUCCUGUGGAUCUUUGAACAAUCAGACUGACCGUACUGAAAGGAAAAUGUAUUAACAUUUGUUAAUGUAAGUGAACUGUAUUUACUUGACAAGCCCAGAGGUUGCAAUUGGUUCGAAAGAGUUACUGUAUCUGGUAUGUAUGUCGUAACUAAAAUGUCAUGAAAAUUAACACAUUGAUUGACUGUAGUUAGUUGGAAGGGCAUUGGAUCACAUGACUGACUUUCAUUUUCAUUUUGAGAUAUUAGUUACAUUGUGUAUGUACAUUUAAACUCAGUCAAAUCAGUUCCUUGUAAUUUACACAUCAUUAGUAUCAUGACUCAUCAGUGACUUUCUACCCUUAUUGUUCUUACAUUUAACACAUUUUAUAUUAAUAACAAUAAUAUACCAUUAGACAUGUCCAAAUCAAACUGGCUACACAAAAACGUGUCCCCUUCAAUUUUCUGUGCAUGCUGAGCUCAACAUCCAGUGGUGCUCUAAACAUCAUUUCCUACCCAAAUUGGUGGAUAGAUGUGGGAUAAUUGAUUUAUUUCCAGGGUCGGGAUAAGUCUGCUGACAGGUGGGAAAGCAGAGGAGCAGCCUUACUGUAGCUUUGAGCUCUGAAAAGCGAGAACCACAAAAAUGGCCAUUAUGGCCAAUCAUAACUCUUCAGACAUUCUCCAAUUCAGUUGCAAACUUUGUUUUGUUCUUUUAUUUCCCUGUAAAAGGGAACAGCUAUUUUUGUGGUUAGAUUCAGAUCCAUGCUAUCUGACAUCUGCUAGUUAACAUCCAAUGACAGGUUUGGCUGAAUCAGUGUGGAUAUGUGUUAGAGAUCUCAAUUAUUUAAAGCGCUAGAUCUGAUUGUUCAGGGCAUAACUUUUAAACAUGUCAAUAUAGAUCUACUUUGUUUGAGACAACCUUAACCAACAUUGUUUUUGUUCUUUUUCCACACAUUUGGUUUAUGCAUUCUUAUUGUGUUUUUUAUAUAAUACCCAAUGUAAAUUAUUCCCAUAGCAAAUUAUUUAUUAUUGGAUGAGCACAAUUUCUUUGGAGAAUUUAAGAGUUUUGACUGUAUUUCUCUAGCAGGUGGUUAGAACAUCACCUCAUACUAAUGUUGAGUAAUUAGAAGAAAAAUUUACUCCAUUACUGGAAAGUGAAUGAAAUCUUGCCAAUUCAAUUGCUCAUAGGACAUUGCUAAACAUUUGGACCUGACUGACCCAGUUAUUCAGCAUAGACAUCCAGUGAUGACGUAGCCAUCAGUUGAAUUUAUUCUGUUAAUCAGAUGGGCCAUGCUUUCAAACUGAACACUCCUCAAUCAGAGCCUAAUUCUGCUGUCCUGGACUGUCACACAUACGUUAAUAUUGGUGGAUUUAAAAACAUAUUUGUAGAGAAAUAAGAUUUACAUUGACGCAGUAUUUGUUUCAAUUUGGGUAGUAAUAUAUCUAUAACCACUAUCUUUGAUAUGCAUAUAUUGUACAUGGAACAAUAAAUUAUUUAUUG